UUUUUUCAGAGUGUCUAAAAACUUCUAAGAUAGUGUGUUGUAAUAAGUUUGAAAUAAAAACGAAAUCAUGUGUAAGAUAAGUUUAAAAUCAGUAAUAUAUUCUUCAUUUAUCAUCAUAGAAGUUCUCAGUGUGAUACUCCAUUGUGAGGCUUAUGUAAAUGGCACUCAACUGGAUCCAGUUGAUGGAUUUGAAGUAGACUAUGAGAACAAUCAGUUCCUCUUAGAUGGAAAACCAUUUAGAUAUGUGUCAGGAAGCUUUCAUUAUUUCCGUACACCAAGAGCAUUCUGGAGAGAUAGGUUAAGGAAAAUCAGAGCUGCAGGACUCAAUGCUAUUUCUACUUACGUAGAGUGGAGCCUUCAUGAACCAUCACCAGGUAAUUGGAGAUGGACAGGAGAAGCUGAUUUGGUUGCAUUUUUAACAAUGGCUAAAGAAGAAGAUCUUUUAGUAUUAUUGAGACCAGGACCAUAUAUUGAUGCUGAACGAGACUUGGGAGGAUUGCCGUUUUGGCUGAUGACUUUACAUCCCGACAUAAAAUUACGUACAAACGAUGAACAGUAUAUGAGAUAUGUUAGAAUUUACCUUGAUGAAGUGUUGAAAAGAGUGAAGCAUCUUUUAAGAGGAAACGGUGGCCCCAUUAUCAUGAUUCAAGUUGAAAAUGAAUAUGGUAGUUUCAACGUGUGUGAUAAAACUUAUACAGAAAGCCUUCGAAAUAUAAUUAAUGAGCAUGUCGAAUCAAAGGCGGUAUUGUACACAACAGAUGGAUGGAAGAAAAACCUGCUAGAAUGUGGAGUAAUUUCAGGUGUUUUUGCAACUGUUGACUUUGGAAUUUUUGACGAUAUUUUUCGCGCAUUUAAUUCACUGCGAAAAUUUCAGGAGAAAGGACCGCUAGUAGUCUCGGAAUUUUAUUCUGGAUGGCUCACUCAUUGGGAUGAAACAUUUCAAGUAAUACCAACUAAAAGAUUCAUCCAUUCACUGAUACAAAUAUUAUCAUUGAAUGCAUCAGUAAAUAUUUAUAUGUUUUAUGGUGGAACCAAUUUUGGAUUUACAUCAGGAGCUGAUGGUGAUGAAAGAUUUAGGCCUGUAAUAACCUCGUAUGAUUAUGAUGCCCCACUAACGGAGGCCGGCGAUCCCACAGAUAAAUAUUUUGCAAUCCGGAAGACGCUUGCAGAGUUUUUACCUCUACCUGAUUUACCGCUACCAACGGUUGCACCUAAAGGAGAUUAUGGAUCUGUUCUGCUAGAACCGGUGAUGGAACUCCUAAACAAUCCUGCUAGAAAUUUAUUUGCAAAUACUGCAGGACAAUUUGAUGUACCACCAACCUUUGAAAAACUAAACUUUGUUAAUGGCCUAGUUCUGUAUGAAUCGAAUUUCCCUCCUAGGAUCAAAGAUCCAACAAUUAUUCAUGCUGAUGUUGCUGAUAGAGGAAUUGUCUAUGUUGAUAAUUACCUCGUCGGCACACUCAGUCGAACUUUGAAGAUCAAUAGCGUAGUAUCACAGAAUCCCUAUGCAAAGAAAUUAGCGAUCCUCGUUGAAAAUCAAGGACAUCUCAACUAUGGAAAUCUCAUAGAAGAUUGGAAGGGAAUAUUUAAUGUCCAUGUUGACGGCAAAGUCAUACCCAAGUGGAAUGUCACAAGUUAUUCAUUGGGCGAGAUGAUCUCUCUGAGAAAUUUCUCUACCAUCAAAAUGGAUCCAGGCAAUCUUGUCAAUGGUCCGGUAUUACUAAGAGGAACUUUUACCAUCAAAAAUGAUCCACUAGAUACUUAUUUAAACACUGCAGAUUGGGGCAAAGGUAUUGCUUACGUCAAUGGUCACAACCUUGGAAGAUAUUGGCCACAAACUGGUCCACAAAUUACACUUUAUGUUCCCUCAGCAUUCUUAAUGACCGGAGUUAACGAAUUGGUCAUAUUAGAACUUGAAUACAUACCCAAUAAAAUAAAAAUGAAACUCCAAAACACCCCUAAUCUGGGUGUUCCCUCAGUAUAUGAAUACAAUGAAUUUUUUUAGUAUUCCAUAAUUUUAUUUUUAAUUAAAAAAUAAUACUAUAGUCACUCUUAGUUUUUAUGAAUAA